CUCUAAUCUCCCCUGUUGGCCACAGAUGCGGGGGCUCCAAUUGACUUUCACCGCGCUAUUAGCGACUACCACCAGCUUGAAUGCCGCCAUCGUUCCGCUUGACCGAUGGACUUUCCGCUCUGCCAAUGGCUCCGUCCGCGUGGACAACGCAUCGGUGCCUGGAACCUCGCAUGUCCACUUGAUGGAGGCUGGCGUGAUAGGUGAUCCGUACUAUCGUUUCAAUGAGCGCGAGUAUCAAUGGGUAGUACAGGAGACAUGGACGUACGAGACGCAAGUGACAUUGCCAAGCGACGUUAGUUCAAAGCCCACGCUUGUGUUCGAGACGUUGGACGGAGUGGCACAUGUGACGGUCAAUGGGAAACAGGUAGCGACUACGGCGAAUUCCUUCGUGUCACACAGAAUUGACGUUGCAGCAGUGUUGCUGCCUGGGGUCAACCACAUCCAAGUGGAGUUUCAACCUGUUUUACAGUACACCAGAAAUCAGGCUGACACAUAUCCGUACUUUGUUCCGGCGACGGAGAACUUCAAUACAUGGACGGAGCCCACACGGCGUUCGUUUGCCCGCAAGGCUGGAUCGGAUUUUGGCUGGGAUUGGGGCCCGGCAUUCGUUACGUCGGGCAUUGCUGGAGCAGCGUAUAUCGAGUUUGGUGAGCCGGUGGUGAAGCUGAAGGACCUGCAGGUAGUUCAGGUCUUCCCUGGUGGAAAGGAGGACCUCUCGGUUGUGGAUGUUACCGUCCGUGUGGCGCUAGAUGGCGGGAAAGCUAAGCAUGAAAACGUCACCUUUGACUUAUUUGUCAAUGAGGAGAAGAAGACUACUAUUUUGACCACGAUACCAGAAGACUGGAAGGAGGACACGGCAAUUGAACUUUUGUUCCGAUUGGAGAAUCCGAAAUUGUGGUGGUCUGUUGGGUAUGGCGAGCCCUACCUGUACGGCAUACGCGUAGAUGCAUGGAACUCAGACUUCAACUCGACUCUUUCUCACAAAAUCGGUAUACGCCAAGUGGAGCUGGUUCAGGAUGACACACACGCUGGCAAUGUGGCUGGGAAGACGUUUUACUUCAAAAUUAACCAAGUUCCUAUCUUCAUCAAAGGCGCAAAUUGGAUCCCGGCAGAUUCGUUCCCCACGCGUACCAAGGCAUCCACGAUAAGUCAUUUACUCGAGAGUGUUCGUGCUGCGAACAUGAACAUGUUACGCUGUCGUUCUACGCGGCAGGUUCGAGUUUGGGGAGGUGGUCGAUACGAAUCCGACUUGUUCUACGCCGAAUGCGAUAGACUGGGGAUCCUAGUAUGGCAAGAGCUCAUGUUUGCGUGUGGAAUGUAUCCUCGCGAUACUGCAUUCCUCCAGAAUGUGCUGAAGGAGGUGAGUGUUCAGGUCAGUCGGCUUCGCAAAUACACCAGCAUUGCAAUCUGGGGAGGAAACAAUGAGAACGAAAACAUGAUGGAGCAGUUUGUUGAGGCUCCAAUAUUUCCACCGGGAACGACCUUCAACCGCGAUAUUGCUGUUGUCGACUUCACCACACUGUUCGUGGAUUUAAUUCGUCCGAUUAUUGUAGCAUUGGAUUCGAGUAGACCAUUCGUCGAUACGUCUCCGUCUAACGGUUUGUAUUCGGUUGACCCUUACGUCAAGCGAUGGGGUCCCACGAAUGGAGUCGCGUUUGGUGACGUUCAUUUCUACGACUACAACAACGACUGCCAAGACUAUCGAAUGUACCCGCGGGCUCGCUUCAUCUCCGAGUUUGGCUUCCAGAGCUGGCCUUCAGCUGAUUCACUCCACAAUAUCAGUUCGAAGGACGACUGGGAUUCUUUUCAAGCGUUCUGGAAAUUCUUAAAGUAUCGCGAAAGGCACGAGAACGGCACGACUCAAAUGGUCACGCAGCUCGAGCGCCGCUUUCAUGUGCCCUUCCCUUUCCGCAACGAAAAAUGGCUUGGUGAAGUGUCCGAUGUUCAAGAUGAUAAAUCGUUCGGCUUUAGUAUCAGCAAGCGCAUCGAGUCGUAUCUGUAUCUGACCCAGAUCCAGCAAUCGCUGUGUUAUCAAACAGCCAUCCAGACGUGGCGCCGUGGCAAGAACGUCGAGCUCGGUAUGACGAUGGGCAUUCUGUACUGGCAACUUAACGACAUUUGGCAAGGUAGCAGUUGGUCAAGCAUCGAAUACUCCGGUCGAUGGAAGAGCUUGCACUACGUGGCAAAGCGGGAAUUUGCUUCUUUCAUCAUUUCCAUCCACAAACGCGAAGACAGUAAAGCUGUGGAAGUGUACGCCGUGAGUGAUGUAAACGAAGAUUUGCACGUUGACGUCGUGUAUGAGAUCCGCCGAACCAAGUGUGGCAGUCUCGUGAAGUCCAUCGACCGUCAAGCCAUCACCGUUGCAGCAUUGGAGAGCCGCUUGAUCGAGGAGCUGGACAUCGAGGCGCUACUGGACCAUGACGCGACGUCCUGUCAUCACAGAUCCUGCUUCUUACAUGUUCAUUGCGUCGUUAAGAGCAGCACCACUGGGCUUGAGACGGCUGCCUGCGAGGACACGAAUCAUUUCUUCGCGCCGUACAAGCACCUCAACUUGGGCUGGGGAGAGGUGGCUGCGCACUCCGUUGUGAAGACCGAGAGUGGCAAUGCCGUCGUGUUUAGCGUGGAACUUGUGGCAACGGACUUUGUGGCUCUUUUCGUCGAGGUGGAUGUGCCAGGUGUGCUUGGCUAUUGGAGCUCUAACUCGUUCUUGAUGGUGGGAAAUGAGACCAAGAUGCUGAAUUUCACGGUGUCGGCCUCGGAAAAUGUGGACAUGAUCACGGUCGACGCGUUCUCGAGGUUGAUCACUGUGAAUUGGCUCCAGAAGAGCUACGACAACUCGGUCGAGGACGUGGCGGUGCAGUAAACCGGAGCGGUGAGCAGUGCUUCAGCUCGUUCUCUGUUCGAUGAUCGGCCGCUUCAAGUUGGUGACUUGGAUUCAUUAUGUGACAGGCAAAUAAGCAAUAGCACCCUCGUAUUUUACCUGCUCACACGACAGUCAAAACUGUCUAGUCAAAAAUACUGCAAUCAGAAAUGCUGACGAUGCUAAACAGCAUGACACUGCCGUCGCCGCGGGUGCAAUGAUUCUCAAAGCAAGACAGGAACACAUAACAGCGAGAUCGCUGCAUUUGACAAUACCGUAUUGAUAUGCUGUCAGAGAUGCGAGGCCAUAGCUGUCCUCAGCAUGUUUCUGGAGUGGUCAAUGCAUCCAUGAGCAUAUAUUUCAAAAAGAAUGACACAUUACUCAUUGAAUCACGUCUGCCGACGGACAACAAAUUCGCGAGGUGGCACAGAAUUUUUAGCAUCUUCAUUUUAUUCCCGUUUCGUGCCGCAUUGUAAGCGACACAAAAAUCAGCGGACCCUCAGUGUGUUGUGUAUCAAGUGCU